AUGGCUGCCUCUAAUCACAAUGUACCGACGCCAGUCCCGUUUCCUCACCCAGAUGCCACGCCUCCCCCGACGAGCGCCACGCCAACAACGCCGGUCGCAAAGCGAUCGCGCACAUCGACCAGUGCCUCUACCAAUUCUGUUACGGGCCGUAUUCGUACCGCGAGUAUAAAAGCCAUGGAGGCGUCACCUCCUCCGGGCAUGUGGGCAGCCACAGGGAGCGUCACGGCGAAAGCGCCUACGCUGGCAGACAUCAGGGGCGGUUCCUUUAGCGAGUCGGGGUGGCAGGACGGGCCGCAACGGAUGAAAGCUGAGCGGAAGGGAAGUCAGGGCGAGGGCAACACUCGCGCAAUACAAAGGCCGGGCAGCAACCUGCAGGGUCUGGUCGAGGUCGAGAGCAUAGCACGACCGCCGAUCAGCGCUACGAGGACAACAUCGUCUGAAAAGCUCAGGUCGCACGGGGGACAGUCGGGCGUUGAACCAUUCCCUGUGGUGACGGAGGAAGAAAUGAACGCAUAUCCACAGCAAGAGAAAGGCCCCAGUGAGGACAUAUCACAAGCACCAAGCUCCGAUACUACGAAGGAAGAUCUCCAGGAUGGAUCGAGGAUCAGAGAAAAGGGCAAAUCGAGUAGCAAGGACAAGCACGAGGCAGAGCCGCAGCAUUACGCCAACGGCUACCAGCCUCCGCCCAAACUCCCAUGGACUACCUCAACCGUCAUUGGACUGAAAGCGUUCUGGAAGUGGUUUCUCACGAUUCCAGGCUUCCUAAUCACACUAUAUGGUUUGAACGUGGUGGCAUGGGGCGGCAUGCUCUUCCUGCUCCUCUGCAACGCUGCACCCGCUAUGUGCACCCCUACGUGCGACGACAUACAAUCUCCGCGACGAAUAUGGGUCGAGAUCGACUCGCAGAUCCUCAACGCACUGUUCUGUGUGACUGGCUUCGGGCUCGCACCGUGGAGGUUCCGCGACUUGUUUUGGUUGGGAUACUGGCGGCUCGGCGGUGCGACGCGCAAACAGGUCGGCAUGAGGAGGCUCGCAGGCAUACAUCGAGGGUGGUUUCGCCUUCCCGGCUCAGAGGAUCUGCCGGAACACGCAGACGCUACGACUGUGGACCCGGAAGACCCCGCCGUGCCUAUUCCCGUCGCAAAGAUUCCCGACCCCCCGCCCACCGGUGUCCGCGCGCCGCCGACUCAGGGCUGGAAAAUGGACUUUGUGGUGUGGAUGAACGUGUGGAACACUUUCUUUCAGGUUGUGCUGUGUUUUUACAUGUACCACUACAACCGGUACGAUCGCCCAUCUUGGGCAACGGGUCUUUUCGUCGCCCUGGGCUGCAUUGUCGCAGGCCUAGGAGGCAUCAUGAUGCACAUCGAAGGCAAAGCCGUGAAGAAGGUCGAAGGCGUACCCAUGCCAGAAGGUGGUUACCAAGUCGUGCCGGCAGACGCGGAAGCUCAGCCUCUUCAGGCUCAGGCUUCGAGGUAG